CCGCCGCUCGCCGACGCACAUGUUUAUAUAAACCCGAACCACCUCUGGUCCCCUUGACUGUCUUCUUCACGGCGGGCUCGCAGGCGCACGCCGCUGACUUUUCACAAGCGAGACCGGCCGGCUGUCCUCUCAGCACAGGGGGAAUAACGGGGAGGAAAACCCCGGGACCUUGCGAUGAUCUCGCUGGACUUUAAUUUCAACAUUUGGACGAGGGAUCUGUCACAUUAUCUGGAGAACCAAGUGAAAGUCGGGCUGUUCGGAUCGGGGGUCGGGCUGUCUCUGGUGCUGGGCUUCAGCGCCGCGUACACCUGCUACUAUCUGCUCUCGGUAGCGAAGAAGCCGCAGCUCAUCUCCGGGGGUAAGAAGUUCUACCACUUCCUGAGGGAGCAAUGUCCGGUGGUGUCAGAGACCUACUACCCCACCUUUUGGUGCUGGGAGAGCCGCAUCCAGACUCUGCUGAGACCCUUCGUCACCGCCAAACCCGGGGUCGUCUACAGAAAUGAGCUUAUUAAAGGAGCGGAUGGAGGACAGAUCUCCCUGGAUUGGUUCGACAACGACGACAGCGCCUCUCACCCGGACCCUGCCGCGAGGCCCACGGUCCUCCUGCUGCCCGGUCUGACGGGCACCAGCCGAGAGUCCUACAUCCUGCACAUGGUCCAGCAGAGCCGGGAUCUGGGCUACAGAUGCGUGGUGUUCAACAACAGAGGGGUGUCCGGUGAAACACUGCUGACCCCGAGGACGUACUGCGCCGCCAACACAGAGGAUUUGGAGACCGUUAUUGAGCACAUCCAGAGGACCAAUGAAGCGGCUCCAAUCAUGGCAGCUGGGGUGUCCAUGGGCGGGAUGAUGCUGGCCAACUACCUGGGACGCAAGGGCCGUAAGACGUGUCUGAAAGGGGUGAUAGUCUUCUCAGCGGGCUGGGACGUGUUUGAGUGCACCGCUUCACUGGAGAAACCCCUGGACCGCUUCCUCUUCAACUCCUACCUCACCAGCUGCCUACAAGCCUCCGUGCACAGACACAGACCGGUGCUUGAGAAGUGUUACGACAUCGAUCACAUCAUGAAGGCAAAGACCAUUCGAGAGUUUGACGAGAGGUUCACCUCCAUAAUGUUCGGCUACCCUACCAAUGACGACUACUACCACGAUGCCAGUCCCGUCCACAAGCUGAAAUCUGUGCAGGUGCCAAUGCUGUGUCUGAACGCCGCCGAUGACGUCUUCUCCCCGUCUCACGCCAUUCCAGUGGAGGCGGUGAAGCAGAAUCCCAACCUGGCCAUGCUCAUUACCUGUCACGGCGGCCACAUCGGUUUCCUGGAGGGCCUGUGGCCUCGGCAGAGCACGUACAUGGACCGAGUCUACAGGCAGUUUACCAAGGCGGUCUUCGAACAAGGCAGCGGACUCCAAGACCUCUCCUGCUGAGAGAGAGCUCCUUUUACUCCCUCGAAUGCCUUUCUUCCUCCGUUCCUUUAAUCUUUUAUUCUUUCUUUUUAAUCUUUCUUUAUUUCUAACACAAUUCCACCCUGUUUGUCUUCCUUCCUUCACCGAUUUUCCAAACUUGCCCUUCCUUCCGUCUUUCAUUCGGCAUUCCGUCCUCCCUUUACUCCUUCCUUCUCCACCUGGGCUGUGUUUGACUCGCUUCCUUCCUCCCAUUGACUUUUCUUUCUAUCUUUGCUCUCCAUCCUUCCGUCCCAUUCUUCCUCCUGCCACGAGCAAAACAAAAAGCGUCCCCUGUCAUUUGAAGGGCCCAUCACCAUCAAGGGCGGCAUGUGAGUUG